AUGCAGCCAGAUCCGUCAAGACAGCUUCAAGGCCUCGUUUACACCUUUUCCGCCAAUCCUUCGAUCGACAAUGAUGCUCAGACCAAAGACUCGGAAAAGCCUCGCAAGAAGAGGCAUCGGGGUGCCAAUGGAAAGCGGUUUCGUUGUAGCAACCAGGACUGUGGCAAGACCUACUCCCGUGCGGAGCAUCUACAAAGACAUCAGUUGAACCGUAAGCUGUUCCUCUCACAGCUCCUGCUCUUUGUAAAUGAUCCCAAAGAGAUCUUCUAUUGCGGGACUUCGGGUUGCAACCUCUCAUUUGUGCGCAAGGACUUGUGUGACAGGCAUCGAAAAAGACACGGCCAGCAAUUUUCCGAUGGCCCGACCUCCUCUACAGCCAUAACCCUGUUCUCCGGUUCCGAGGAUAUCAACCACAGCCAGGAUGAAGGUGAUACCGAGUCCGAUAGCGAGUCUGAAGAGGAGCAUUUAUCGCCUCCCAGCCAGUCCACUUUCUCUCAAGCACCUUUGAUUCGAGAUUCGUGCAAAAAGAGACCAUCCAUACAUGAACAUGACGAUUCACGAUAUCAAGACUUGCGCGACCGCCUCCCCAUUUCUCCCAAGACAACAAACGAAUCGGCCUCACAAAAUCGCGAUGUUUCGAAAUCCCAGCAACCAUCUCGACAGCCUGACAACACAUUCUCCACAGACGUCUCACCCAGUAACGACGACCUCCAGAGGGCUGUUGCUGAUGCGAAUGAUUACCUUGCCCAACAAGGCCCGCAGGUUGUCUUUACUCCGUUGACUCGCUUCCAAAGUAACAUAUCUGUCGACUCGCUAAAUCCCACCACUUCGACAUCGUACCAUGUACAUGGCGAAUUUCCAUCGACCUUUCAUCGACAACAUUCAGUCUCCAGUACAUCCUUUCAACAGCCUAGCCACCUCUAUGCCCCGGCCCAGGACGCAGCUACCCCACACCCCGACUUGUUUGAUUCCAACUCACCUGCAGCUCUACGACACAACGGGACUUUUGGUAACUAUGGCCAUAAUAAUGACGUUACGACGACUACUUCGCGGGGAGAAGAUCACAACUUCGGCAUCUCGCCGUCGGCUGGAACCGAUGAGUUUACGACGUGGCUUUUUGACCAGAAUUCUGCUGUCUAUAAUGGCACCGCGAAUGUUGAUGCGUCGUUCACGAAUGUCUAUCAGCCCAAUGUUUUUGGCCAGGUCUACUCAAAUUACCUUCCCACAUCUGACCUUGAACUCCCAUUUGGAAGUGCCCUGACACAAACAUUGCCAUCGAAUCCCACAGCUGAGGCCGUCACCGGUCUAGAAACACCCUUCAUGUCUACUUGGAAGAGACAGCAUCUCUUGGAGAUCAUGCGGCAAAGAUUUACCGGAAAUGGAGGGCCAACCUUACACGACCGCCAGAUCAAACAACAAAUUUUCGGGGGCAACGUUGACGAGGAUGAUCAUACACUUAGUCUAUCUUCUUUGAAUCGCUAUCUCGAGAGCUACUGGAAAAACUUUCAUGACCAGUUUCCCAUCCUCCACAAACCGUCAUUUCUUCCGGACUUUGUCCAUGACUAUCUCGUGCUUGCCGUCAUAGUCAUGGGAUCAUCUCUCCUGGCCCAGUCAGAACAUGGUCCCGGAUUCACUGAGCGAGCCGCACAACUGGCCAAUUUUAUCGCCUGGAACCUUCGUUGGCAAGUGUUCACCGAUCCGGACUCGUGCCCGCCCGCAAAGCUAUGGGUUUUGCAAACGCUAGCAAUCUUGGAAGUGUAUGAGAAGACCAACUCGACCAGAUCCCUCCAUGAACGGGCUCAUGUGCAUUUCGCCGCUACGUUGACGCUGAUGAGGCGAGGAAGUGCCUUGGUCGGUGACCCUGCCGCCCCCGCACCGCAAAUGGCAGACAUAGUCGCGACGAAUCGUGAAGAAACCCACCAGGGAGAAGAGUCGCCCCCAUUACCAGAAAAAUGGUGGAGUCAAUGGAUCGCACAAGAAGCCACACGGCGAGCAUCGCUCGGCGCCUUCUUGUUGGACUCAAUGCACGCCGUCAUGUUUGGUCACGCCGCGACCAUGGUCAUUCAUGAGAUCCAUCUUCCGCUACCCUGCGAUGACACACUUUGGUCGGCACCGACCUCCUCCGAAGUAGGACGCAUUGAGUUCAGUCUAUAUACAAACGGCAUCAAACCUGUCUCGUUUUUGACCGGGUUGAAACGUACAUUGAGCUGCCGAAGAGUCCGUACCAAUCCAUUCGGACGCAUCAUCCUCAUGGCAGGGCUGUUGUCUGUCUCGUGGCACAUGCACCAACGAGAUCUGUACGGGAAGAGUCUGGACAAGGACAAUAUGGGAGUUCCAGACGGGUGGAAGGCGCAGAUAGUGAAGGCACUGGAGUGGUGGAAAAGGGACUACGAUGAGAGUCUGGCGUACAUGCGACGGUCCGGCAUCGAUGUUCACAAAACCGGGUUCACCCAAGAACAUAUUCAGACGUCUGAGUCGCUCGCUUCUGUACUCUAUCAUCUAGGCCACAUUGGCGUGCAGGUGGACAUGCCGGAUUUGUGCAUCCUGGCUGGCGCAAAGACUCUGCUGGGCCGCGUCAUCACCAUGUCGGAUCGUGAGAGAGUGCACAUCAAGAUGAAGGCAUGGGCAUCCUCGGCUGCCGCGAGACACGCGGUCUACUACAGUGUCCGCUUCAUCUGCUCGGUGCUCAUGCCGUUAGAGCGGAUGGGCCACAAGAAUAUGGUAACGCAGCCCUCAGACGCAGAAAGCACUUCGAUCUAUUUGUACAGCGCGUCGGCCGACUUCCUCCUCCCUCGUCCAUGGGUGCUGUACUUUUCUGCUCUGGUCGUCUGGGCCUACGGCUUCCUGCUCGACGGGCCUCUCAAGCCCUUUCCCGAGCAACUGAAAUACCCCGCAGCGAGCAUGCCGACUCCACUGGUCGAUGGCGUUGGCGGUAUUGCUCCGUCUCUGCAGAUGGAGCCACUCCGGGAAAGAGAACAAGAUGCCAAACAAUAUCUCCGAUUAAUGAGUCGGUUCGAGACGGCAACGGGCCUCGAGACGGUCACCACGGGACGAAACAAGGUGAUUGGGGUCCUCAGUGUGGUGUCCAAGGUUCUUGAAGGCUCGCGAUGGGAACUUCUCGAAGAAGGGUGUGACAGAUUAAGAGGGGCGGCUGAAGCCUUGAGACCGGUGGGCUCUAGUUGA